CAAUAACGCACCUUUGUCCACCUGUCAACGGCUGAAUGCGUGCGACACAAUUUCCGUUACAGCCAGCGAGGGGUCUUUAGCAAAGCGCUGUCUUAAAUUAUUUUCCUAAAACCGAGCCAUAUGGAUUUAUAACGAGGUUGAACUUUUCUAGGGACAUGCGAAGAGUUGUAUUUUUGACGCUGCUUGCCGUGAUGGCAACUUGUAAAGGAGCCGAAUACAAAGUGGUUUGUUACUACACGAACUGGGCCCAGUAUAGACCUACGCCAUGGAAGUACUACCCAGAGGACAUUGACCCCGCCCUCUGCACACACGUCAUCUAUGCCUUCGCCAAGAUGGUGAAUCACCAACUCGCGCCUUUCGAGUGGAACGAUGACAACACAGAAUGGAGCACGGGGAUGUACGAAAGGUUCAUGACCAGGCUUAGUCAAAAUAACGGUCCCACUCCCAAGAGCCUCCUCGCGGUUGGAGGAUGGAACUUCGGCACACAGCCCUUCAAGGACAUGACGUCAUCAGCAGCCAAUAGAAGGACGUUCAUAGAAACGUCCAUCACGUAUUUACGAGAACGAGGCUUUGAUGGCCUUGACCUAGACUGGGAGUACCCUCAUGCAGAGGACAAGACAAAUUUUGCGCUUCUCGUACAGGAACUGCGCGAGGCUUACGACGCUGAAGUCGUCCCGGCGGGAAAAGAGAGACUCCUGCUGAGCGCUGCCGUCUCUGCAGGGAAGACGCACAUAGAGGCGGGGUAUGACAUCCCGACUCUAGCAAGGUAUCUAGACUUCAUUAACCUGAUGGCGUAUGACUUCCGCGGCACGGGCGGAGACACCGGCACGGGACACCACAGCCUGCUGCAGGCCCUGCCUACUGAGACGGGGGACGACGCGACUCUCAACGCCGCCUGGGCGGUGGACAGGUGGAUCAGUGACGGUGCCCCUCCCUCUAAGCUGGUGCUGGGGAUUCCUCUUUACGGGAGGUCAUUCACCCUGUCGUCUCCUAGCAACACUGGAGUGAAUGCACCAAUCACAGGCCGGGGACCGGCACAGACUUACACAAGAGAAGCUGGUGUCAUGUCCUACUAUGAGGUCUGUACUAUGCUGAACACAGGAGGCACCAGGGUGUGGAACGAGCAAGAUAAGUUACUGUACGCCUACAAGGACAACCUGUGGGUGGGGUAUGAUGACGAAACAUCAGUAAGAGCAAAGGUUGAAUGGCUGAGAGACAGAGGCCUAGGAGGAGCCAUGGUCUGGUCUCUGGACUUUGAUGACUUCAAGGCCACCACCUGCGCUGAACAUCCUUACCCACUCCUCAAAGCUGUCAAUCAAGCGUUGCUAGGAUACACCCCUGAAGUGGUUACCAUGGCAACAGGUGCUCCGCCUACAUCUGACAACAAGCCAGGUGCUACAGAGACUAGUGAUGGGGACAAACCUACACAACCAGCUACUGAUAAUGACUCCCUGAUUGUGAUUCUCCUGGUGGUGUUCUUGGUCAUUGUUCCACUGUUGGUGGCUGCUAUUGUGAGUUACCGCUUCAGGGCAGAGAUCAGGAAAAGGUGUCAAAACCAAGCAGAAAAGUACAGAACAGAAAAUACCAGAAGAAAUCCUGAUGACAGAGGCAAUGGUACGAAGAUCGACGAAGAGUUUGUUCUACCCAUCCGCAAGAACCCGCGACAGCUGCCCACACAACCACGCCCUCCUGACGUCAUCCUAACUGUCCAGCCUGACCAACACAAGUUCAAGGACCCCGACAGUGUUUCAAACGCCAGCAAAUCCAGCGGGGGCCGGCGUAGACUUGACUUUGACAACAUGGAGAACAGGAGACGAGAAGCCUACCAAAAGACCACAGAAGUCAAAAUGGCCCAGAGUGGUCGAGUUUACACAAAAACAGUGCCACCAAACCCACCUCCUAAACCUUCCCUUCCACCGCCAAAGCCGUUGCGGACCCUACCCCCGAAGUAUCCGCACAAUCCCCGAGGACUGUCCCAUAACGUACCACAUCCAAAGGGACCGGGAACAGCAGUCUCCUACACAGACACCAUGCCUACAAGAGUGGCCAUCGGCUAUCCCAUGUACCAGUCCACACCUGUAGCACCCGGCGGACCCCCUCCAAGACCCCUGGUUUUAACUCGUCCCAACCACCCUCCUCCCAAACCCCCUGCACGCCCUCCAAGGCCCCCUACCCAUUCCAUGAGUGCCGACUUAGUGGAGGUGGACAUUGAUGACUCGGCUGCUUUCCAGACCUUGCGGCUGAAGUUUGGGAAUGAUGAACUAUAUCACACACAGGUCGAGACUGAGAUUUGAUGCAAAAUAUUGGUGUGAAACACUUGGAUAAUCGUUCCAAAACACAUUUGUUGCUUUUGAUAUUUCUUGAGUUAUACAGAGCAAUCAAUGUUUUCAAAAAUUCUUCGGGCAGUUUAAUACUUUUUUAAACACCAGCACCUUUAUGAUACUGCAUUUAUAUCCUAUAGAAAAUAUUCAGUAGUUCUCAGAGCAAUAUAGAAAUGGUUAUUUGUGAAAAGUGAACAUUUUGUACAAAAUCUGACCAUGAAUUAUUGCAAAACUUGUAAAUGUUUUCCAAGAACUUGAGUGGCGAUGUUUAUCAAAAUGUAUCUAUUUGAUGUAGAUAUUUCUAAGAAGUAUCAUCAGAUUUUCAUAGAUGCUGCUUGAAGAGUGUAAAUUUGACAGGAUUGUAACAAAGGAGCUAAAAAGUUGCCAAUAUUGCUUAAUCUUCUGAAAAGAUUUUGAAAGAAUUGUGUUAAGAUGAAUGCAAAUGCAACCAGAAAGUGAAACAUAUUGUUUAUAAUGUGGAAAAUGUAGUCAGAGAAAUACAUAUGCUGCAUAAUUAUGGCUGCUUAUUUAAAGUAUAUGUUUAUCUUAAUAUGUUACAUGUACUUGGAAAUGUUGCUUAGUAUACAGCCAUAGAGAAGCAUAGAUAAAUUUGACAGACUUAUGUUGUUGCUAAUAAGUUGUCAGCCACAAUUAGGUAUAGGUUUUUAAAGCGGUGUUGAGGAUGAUACGUACUAAGCCAGUUCAUGGUUUGAAUUGUGCAUGCACAGCGUGAUUCAUUAUGGGUAAAAUGUCAAUGUUGAAGGUUCCUGAGACAUUAACAAAAUGUACAUCAAAGCAUGCAUGGCCCAGACAAGAACUGUUUACAUCUUAGGAGCCUUCAACUUUGACCUCAUCUAUGCAUGAUCCAGCCAUUGGACCAUGUUUAUCCAAUUUCAGUUGGCUGGAAAAUUGUACUAGUCUUGUACUUGAAAAUGUUUGCCCAUACAACAGAGAAAUAUGGAAUAAACACCUAAUGUACGUACUAUUUUA